AACUGGUAACUGGUUAUGUUCCAGUCAGUAAGUGGCAGUGUUCAAAUUACGUUGACAAUGCUUCCUGUUAUGAGACACAAACAGGCAAAAAUCCCUGUGACUGACUGGUUUAACCAGAGUGACAAGGAAAUCAGACUCACACACUGUUCUGGAAAAUUAUGGUGUGUUUUACUGGUUAUCGUUCUGACGCCGUUUAAACCUUUACAGGUGUGAAAUGCUUUCAAAUGAGGAAAUGGAGGAAAACAAUUCUUCCCCUAAAGCUGCUGUGUCUGCACAAAUGAACAAACAGGCUACAGAUUACAGCCAAAUAGAAGAAAGACCAGAGUCAACUGAUUUAAGCUGUGUUUCCAAGGCGACUGAAAGGUCUAAAACUGAACCAGUUGAUUUCAGCAAUUUCUCAUCUGAAAGUCAAAUCCAAAUGAAGCCGGACCGACAAGAAUCUUCCCAGGGAAAACCUGAGUCUAUGGAAAAUCACUGGUCUAAAGACGAACCAGUUGAGUUCAAUAAAGGACCCACUGAAAAUAAAACCCAAAUGAAGCAGGACGGACCAGGAUCUUCCCAGGAAAACCGUGUGUCCAUGCAAAGUAAAGACGAACCAAUUCAAUUCAAGGAAAGAGAACCCGCUGGGAAUAAAAACCAAAUGGAUCUGGAGACACCAGAACCACCUCAACCAACUUGUGUGUCCAUGUUUGCUGGGAGUACUGAGCAAUCUAAAGAUGAAUCAACUGAACCCAAGAGACGACGCCCCUCUCUUCUUGAAAUGUUGGCUCGACUAUCGACUUUCUCUAACCAGAGAUCAGAGGCUUUUAGAGACCCUAAGGAACACCUGGAUUCUGUUUGUAUGGUGCUUGAGGAUGACAUUAUCAGUUUUGUAAGAACUGAACUGCAGAAAAUGAAGAACAUACUGAGUCCAGAGGGCUCAAGUUGCCCUAAAGUGGAUGAUGAAACAGCUGGGAAUGAAGAGCAAAGGAGUGAUAACAGAGAUGCAUUCCUGAAAAUCACACUGAACUUCCUGAAGAGAAGGAAUGAGAAGCAGCUGGCUGAUUCUUUACAAAAUAAAACUCAAGCUGCUAUUUGCCAGGUGAAAUUAAAGUCCAGCCUGGCCAAAAGGUGUCAGUACUUGUUUGAAGGUAAUUCAUGGAGAGGAAAACUGACACCUGUGAAUCAGAUCUACACUGAGCUUAAUGUCACAGAGCAAGAGACAGGAGAGGUCGACAAUGAACAUGAGGUUCAGCAAACUGAAGCAGCAUCCUUGAAACCAGAUGAUCCAGAAACAACCAUCAGCUGUGAGGACAUUUUUAAACCUGGAAGAGAUGAGCAAAUCAGAACGCUGGUGACCAAAGGUGCCGCUGGCAUUGGGAAAACACUCUUGACACAGAAGUACACUUUGGACUGGGCUGAAGGUAAAACCAACCGCAAUAUACAGUUUAUCUUCCCAUUCACCUUCCGAGAGCUCAACUUGCUGAAAUCUCAAAGCAUCACCUUAGUGGGACUCAUUCAUCAGUUCUUUCCUGAAAUAAGAAAAGCAGGAAUCUGUAGCUUUGAAGAGUUCCAGAUUGUGUUUAUUUUUGAUGGUCUGGAUGAACUUCAACCUCCUCUGGACUUCCACCACACUCCGGUUCUGAUAGAUGUUACAGAACCGUCCUCAGUCCACACGAUACUCGUAAACCUCAUCAGAGGGAAGCUGCUUCCCUCAGCUCAUCUCUGGAUAACCACACGACCCGCAGCAGUCCAUCAGAUCCCUAUUCAGUAUGUUGACAGUGAGAAAGAAAUCAGAGGUUUCACAGACCAGCGGAAGAAAGAAUAUUUCAGAAAGAGAUUCCAAGACAAGGAACACACCAAUAAGAUCAUAUCUCAUAUUGAGACAUCAAGAAGCCUCCAUACAAUGUGUCACAUUCCUGUUUUCUGUUGGAUCACUGCUACAGUUCUGGAUCAGGUCCUGAAAGAAAAUAAGAAAACUGAGAUGCCCAAAACCCUGACUGAGUUGUAUAUCCAUUUCUUGGUUGUACAGGUCAGUCAGGACAAUGAAAAAUAUCACAAAAAAGUGUUGACAACUGAUGCCAUCUGGAAUCCAGAGACUGAGAAAAUCUUUCUUGCAAUUGGAAAACUAGCCUUUGGGCAGCUGGAAAAAAGAAACCUGCUCUUUUAUGAAGAGGACCUAAAAGAGUAUGGCAUUGACAUAAACACUGCUUCGGCUUACCCAGGAGUGUUUACAGAGACUUUCAAGGAAGAAAGCGUACUGAACCGGAAAAGGCUGUUUUGUUUUGUCCAUCGGAGCAUUCAAGAGUUUCUGGCUGCACUUUAUGUCUUCUUGGUGUUCAUGAAGACUGGGGACAAUCUGAUGAGAAGAAGCCGCAGUGCUUUGCAACCUGAAUCGAAAUUUAAACAGUUUUACCAGAGUGCAGUGGACAAGGCUUUGGAGAGUCCAGAUGGAUACUUGGACAUGUUUACUCGCUUUCUCUUGGGGCUUUCACUGAAAACUAACCAAGACCUCCUACAAGGCUUGUUGCAAAAGACCAAAAACGCUCCACAGGUUCAAAAAACGCUUGUCCAACACAUCAAAAAAAAUAUCAGGGUUUGUCCUUCAGUUGAGAAAAGCAUCCGGAUGUUUCACUGGCUGAAUGAACUGAAUGACCACUCUCUAGAGGAAGAGAUACGGCUGUACCUGAGUGGAAAAGUCCUCGAAAAAGAGCUCACCUCUUCUCAGUGGUCAGCACUGAUCUUUGUCUUGUUGUCUUCACAAAAAGUGCUUGAUGUUUUUGACUUCAAGAAGUUCUCUAAAUCAAAGGAGGCCCUUGUGUGGCUAGCACCAGUGGUGAAAGCAUCAAAAAAGUCUCUGCUGUGUAGCUGUAACCUGUCGCAGAGAAGCAGUAUACAUGUGGUGCCAGUGUUAACCGCUGAGAACUCUUGCCUCAGAGAGUUGGACCUGAGUGACAAUGACCUGCAUGAUGAAGGAGUAGACUUGCUUUCUUUUGGACUCAGGAGUCCAAAGUGUAGACUGAAGGUUCUCAGCUUGUCAGGCUGUCUGGUCACAGAGAAAGGCUGUGAUUAUCUGGCUUCAGCUCUGACCUCCAACCCUUCUUAUCUGAGAGAGCUUGACCUGAGCUUCAACCAUCCAGGAGAAUCAGGGCUCGAUGCUUUUUCCGCUGGGCUGCAGGAUCCAAACUGGAAACUGAAAACUCUAAAGGCAGAUCAUUGUGGAAAACACCGCCUGAAUCCAUCACCCCAAAGAUUCUUCCUUGAGCAGUUACUGGAUCCCAACACAGCAAACAGAAAUCUGGUGCUGUUACCGGACAACAAACAUGUGAAGGCUGUGAAAGAGGAGCAGCCGUACCCCGACCAUCCAGAGAGGUUUGACACCUGGAAGCAGGUGCUGUGCACUGAUGGUCUGACUGGUCGCUGCUACUGGGAGGUCCAAUGGAUAGGGACAGUCAGAAUAGGACUGUCAUACAAAGGAAUCAGGAGGAAGGGGGAGGAUGAUGAGUGCUGCAUUGGUGGGAAUGAUCAGUCCUGGGCUCUUUCAUGCAGUCCUCAGAGUUUCACUGCCUGGCACAACAACACACCAACAGAAAUAAAACCGCUCGAAAAGACCAACUCCAACAGGCUGGCAGUGUAUUUGAACUGGUCUGCAGGCACUGUGUCCUUUUACUCACUUCCUGGCAUAGUUUCCUCCAUAAAAAAGAUUCACCUUCAUACGUUUGAGACAACAUUCACUGAACCACUCUAUGCUGCAUUUGGGUUUGAACAAACCCAGGAGCUUCAGGAUGAAUCCUCUUCAGUUUCCCUGAUUCAAGUUGAAUAAUGAGGCCUGAUCCUUUGGAGAAGAAUGUUUCGCAAAGUGAACUCAGCAGCACUCAAAAGUCAGGUGGACAGAUAAUCUAUUCAUGUAUGUAUUUAUCGAAUACAACAAGAUUAUAGUUCAGAUGUGAACUCUCAACAUGUAAAGAUUUGCAAAGAUAAUAAUCAGAGAACAUAUCAAACAAAAAUCCCCCACCCACACACACACACACAUGCACAUAUACACAUAAUCUAGAAACUCAAACCUGCUUAACUUGAAUUACCCAGAGAAAAUCCUGCACAUCUGGAGAACAUCAAAGCUUCAGACCAAGAAGGUUUAUCAGGUUUCUAGAAGCACCAUCACCAGCCUCUCCUCUGCUGUAAUCCAUCCUGAUAGAACUAUUGUUUUUAUUUGUUUUGAUUUCAUUUAUUGCUCACAAUGAACUAUUUAAGCCUUAACAUUAAAAUUUACUUUAAUAAACAACAUUGAUUAUAUUUAACCAUGUUUGUGUGUGAAUGAAAGUCUCAAUAUCAAGAACGACAACAACUAUGAACUUAUCAGAAGUUAAAUCUUCAAAAGCUAAACUGGCUGUUUAUGACAGCAAACCUUCAGGUUCAGGUUAUGAAGAUGAUAAUGUUUAAAAAACAAAUAAUUUUAAACAAACUUUUCAAGUUAAAGGAAAAACUAAAGGAUUCACUAACAACAGCGCUGUCAAGUUAGUUUAUUAAAUUAAAUUAACUUGUCCUCUGGGUUUAUUGUCUGCAACUUUUUGCAGACAAAAUAAACUAAAAGAUGUAUAAAAAUGUGUCUUUAAUUCUUA